AUGGCACCUCGCGAAUACCCACCAGCCGUCAUGAUGACAAAGCAGACACCAGAAGAACAAGCAAACAUCGACCUAUGUAAAGAAUACAUGGCAAUCGCCUAUUCCCCAACUGAAAACACAGGAGCCGACUCAGUAAAGCACCUCUGCCACCCCGACUCCUGGUUCUGGGCACCAGCAACCUUUCCAGGAGCCGAAACACCUCAGGACUACGCUCAAUCCCACAGCGUCGUCAUGCAAUCCGUGUCAGAUCUGCACAUCAUCCGCUUCGAUCAGGCAUGGGCCAAGGAUACUCACGUCCUGCUUCGAUACACAGCUGAAGGCAGCCAUUGCGGAAAGCCGUAUAAAGGUAUCGAGAAAACUGGCCGACACGCGACUUGGGCUGCUGCUGCGAUAUUUGAGGUUAAAGAUGGUAAGAUCUAUAGCUUCACCAAGGACUGGGAUCAGAAGACUAUGCAGAUCCAGCUAGGUUGGGCGCCUGUGAACGAUAGUGAUGAUCCGAGGUGGAAUGCUGAGGCGUUGGGGGACUUUGAGGGAUCGAGAAGGAAAAAGGAAUAA